AUGCAGGCCCAUACACUGUCACAGAUAUCGUCUCUUGGCCUAAUCGAAGAUUAUGAGAUCAGCGACAGGAACUCUGACAAUAUCCCCAUCAGCGGGCAAACUCCACAGCCCACAAUUCCCUUAUCCAUCUUCAACACUAGUGCGAGCAACCUUUCAACCCAGAGCUCUAUGGAAGCCUAUACUCACGCCAUGCAGACCUAUACCCUGUCCCAGAUAUCGUUCCUUGACCUGAGCGAACAUCACGAGAUCAGUGACAGGGUCUCUGACGACUUCCCCACCAAAAAUGUGCUAUACCAGGGCCCUGGUCCCAACGCAGUUAAGACUGAAGAAGUCGCACCGCAAGCUGUCACUGGUGCAGAAUAUAGCCAUGCUUAG